AUGGAGACGGAGGGUUACCAGUGCCGUAGCAGCCGGUACAUCGAGAGCGGGCAGUCGGCGGUGCCCAGCUCGGUGCUGUUCGCCGCCGGGCUGUUGGGCAACGUGCUGGCGCUGCUGCUGCUGGGCCAGCACCGACGGCGGUCCCGGUCCCCCGGUGGCCGCCCGCCGCGGGUCUCCGCCUUCUACGUGCUGGUGAGCGGGCUGGCAGUCACCGACCUGCUGGGCAAGUGCCUGCUCAGCCCCAUCGUGCUGGCCGCCUACGCCUACAACCGCAGCCUCAGCGAGCUGGGACCGGGCGGGCGCACCGAGGGCGAACCGGGCAUCCUCUGCCAGCUCUUCGCCUUCCUCAUGGCCUUCUUCGGGCUGGCCCCCACCCUGCUGCUGCUGGCCAUGGCGCUGGAGUGUUGGCUCUCCCUGGGGCACCCUUACUUCUACCGACGGCACCUCACCCGGCGGCUGGGUGCCACGCUGGGGCCGGCGGCGGCGGGGCUCUGCGCCCUUUUCUGCGCCCUGCCGCUGCUGGGCUUCGGGGUGCCCAUGCAGUACUGCCCCGGGACAUGGUGCUUCAUCCGCAUGGCCGGCGGCGGGCCGCGCCAGCUCGGCUUCCCCGUCCUCUACGCCAGCCUGAUGGGCCUGUUGGUGUUGGCCAUCGGCGCCUGCAACGUGAGCAGCAUGCGGCACCUCUACGGCAUGGCGCGGCGGCAGCCCCGCCGCGGGCCCCCCGCCGCCGCCGCCCCGCGCAUGGAGGAGCUCGACCACCUCAUCUUGUUGGGGCUCAUGACCGUCCUCUUCACCAUCUGCUCCCUGCCGCUCAUAAUCCGGGCGUACAUGGGGGCCUUCGCCUCCGAUUUCAACGAGAAUGCUGACCUCAGCGCCCUGCGGUUUCUCUCUGUGAACUCCAUCGUGGACCCCUGGGUCUUCAUCAUCUUCCGCACCUCCGUUUUCCGCACGUUCGUCCGCAGGGUUUGCCGGAGGCUGAAUUCCCGGAAAGCCACCCUGAAAGGGCGCGGCCCGGGGGGGGACGGCCAGUUCUGCCCCCUGGGCUGGCGCGGGACAGACACCCCGCAGCUCGGCUUCCCCUGA